AUGGACAUCGAUCCCAUUAUUUUAAGUUGGAUUCUCGAAUUCGCUCUUAAACAACCCGUGGAUGACAGUAAAUUGUAUAAUAUGCUCGAAACCUUCCCUAUCCCGGAGGACAAUUAUUUUCUGAGAAAAAUGCUUAUAUUGAAACAGUUGGAGUUGGAUAUUACACGCGAUUCUUCACCUUCGUUGACAACUCUUGAACACUUGGAAUAUCUUGAAGAACUAGAAUACCAAAGAGGAAUCGAAAAAGUUUCCGAUGCCAUGAAGAACGCGUAUUGCCAAGUCGCAGUGGAGUACACAGUGAAGUAUUUCAGAAAUGAAGAUGGGGAUGGGGGAAAAUUUUGUGACGCAGUGAAGAGUGUGUGGACGCGUAGGGUAAGGAAAAUGGAGAAGGAGGUGGAGAAGGGAGGGUUGGGUUCGGACGAGUUGUUUGACUGGAGGCUUAAGAUGGAGGCUGCAGCACAGGACCAUGGUGUUCGUGAGAGGGUGGUAAAUAAGAGUAAGGAAGUUAAUGCAGUCAAGGCACUUAGGGCUUAUUUGAAAGAAGAAAGGGAGGGACGGGGGCCUUCGUUUCUUGAGUUGGUUGCUGAUAGAUUGAAGAAUGAUGAGACACUGAAGAAGUUGCUCGGAUUGGGGAAUGCCAAUCGGAUUGCGCCAAAAGAAACGGUUUUGCAGAGUGUUGAUCCAGGUUCCGCUGUUACUAAUGACAACAGAGCAUUGCGAAAAGAUGCAGCAUUGAGUCGCAAACUUGUUGGUAAAAAACAUGCCAGGGUUAGAUCAUCUGGGACUUUUAGAGGAGCUAAGAUUUCUGAUUCUGACUAUUUGAAAGUAUGCCCUGGUAGCAAAUGCAAUUUGCCUCCGACCCCAGAAGUUAAUAGAAUACAGGAAGCUCUCGAGUCAAGUCGCAUGGAUCUUCAAGCAAGCGUAAAGGACCCCCUUCCUAAUGAACUAGCAUUUGCUGAAGAAGUCGCCGACACGAUGAGAGGAAGUACAGAUCAUGAGCCCAUACAAGAGGAUCAUGUCAAACACUAUCCUUCUGCUAUGAAAGUUGCUGGAUUUGUUCGAGCUAAUGGAGGAAAUCCAAGUAAUGGACCGAGACCAAGCUUAAUGGAAAGGAAUAGUACUGCCCAUACUCAUGAGUGGGAUGACUCAAUUGAGAAUUCAUCAGAAGAAUCACCAGAUCAGGGGAGUAGAAUAAAGUUGCCGAGCCCAAAGAGAAGGCGUGUAUCUCCUCUGACAAGUAAUGGAAGAGAACAACCAAAGAAGAGGAGAAGAGUUGGAAAAUGGAGUGCGGAUGAAGAAGAUGCUCUGAGGACUGGUGUAGAGGACUGUGGAGAAGGAAGUUGGAAAGAUAUCCUAGAGAAGUACGGCCACAGAUUUGCUGACAGAAGAACUCAAGUUGAUUUGAAGGACAAGUGGAGAAACAUGAAACGCACUUGA